AAAACCCCCAAGAUUUAAAUCUAUAUACUCCAAGCUCUUUAUUGAAAAGGAUGACCGUCUGCGCGUUCAGCACGCGCAGAAGAGAUUGGCGCUUCAACGACUGCGCCUGGGAAUUGCCGAAUAACACAGUGAUCUACUACAACUUCACGAACCCAAGCCAGCAGAAUUGUGAUUGCGUAUGCCCUUUUGAGGGCGAUUCAGAUAUUGCUGGACCUGGAGUAAGCAAGAUUCAAUCGUCGUAUGAAUUUGAAGCGAUGUGCUAACCAGUCCCAGAUCAUCAUAGGAUUCGUUGCAACGGCAUGGAUCACGUGUCUGGUCGCAACAAUUGAUGUGUACUGCAGACUCUCAAAGUCAUUUAUGGAACGUAUCUCUAAAGAUGGAGUGGAGGGUUCAGAGGAAUUGUUUCAAAAGCAAGUCGAAAGGUUCAAAUACUUCAACCCUCGAUUGGCCUCUUUCAUCCUUGGUUUCUUCCGACGGAGAAAUUCACGAUUGAUCUACAUGGCAAAGGCUUCUCUGGAUAUCCUCUGCGAUAUACAAAUCGUCACUUCGAUAGCAAUAUCUCUCUCAGCAUUCGUACAGAUCGAAACCAUGACUUUCUACCAUCAACAAUUCGUUCUAUCGUACUGCUUCUUGACUCUGACUUCGUUCUUCGCUGGCAGAACUGGUCAUGUUGAAGGCGAUGGUAGUAACAGUUGGUACUACUGGACGAGGAUGGUCGCACAAUUCAUCGCUGUGUCCUUGUUUGCCAUUUUCCAAGUGAUUGUGAUUCCACGGCAAGCGGAAACUAGUGGUUGGAAUCCGGUCGAGAGCGGGUCGUGUUAUAUUUCGAAUGAUGAAUCGGCUUACAACCAGCAGUACAUGUGGAUGAUAGGCUCCUUCUUCUACGCUGGAUACUUGUUGCUUGAGAUACUCUCUGGCUUAACCCAUGUUAUUGGCGGCAAGCCAGGGGGUCAAACUUGGCUGGAGACCAUUUCAACGACCAUCAAGGGAAGAGAUGAGAGAUUUCAAGAACGAUACAGGACCUGGAGGUUCUGGUUAUUGAACCAAAUCGAUACCCCAAAAGUUUGUUUGGACGCCCACCACCAAGGACCAAGUCAACAAGUGAUUAUACGCCGCUUUCCUACGGCCAUCGACUACCUUUUGCAAGCAAUAUUCUAUCUACCCCUUUGGAUUUGGUGGGCCAUCCAUCAAUUCCUAGCUCUUUGGGCAUGGGGCGACUCAGAAUCCACGAUUCUAGUUGCGGCGUAUGUGGGGUUUGCAGCCUGGGAUACAUAUGAUAUUCUCGACGCGAAGAUUUCCAACGCUCACUUGGUGGAGGAUGAAUCAACUUGGGGGUUUGGACAGGUUCUUCCUGUUGUGUUGCUGUUGCUGGUUCUUUUAAAUAUUUUUGAUGUGGUUGAUAGUAGGUUGCUGAGAUUUCCAUACCUUUCUGGAAAAGCCACCGAUUGUUUGUAG